AUGCAUCCUAACAGGAGAAGAAAGAAACGACCUAAUUAUGGCAUAAAAACAGUUGAAGUGAUGAGAGGUCCAAAUGGUUUUGGUUUCACAAUCUCUGGACAACAACCCUGCAUUUUGUCUUGUAUAGUAGCCAACUCUCCUGCAGAUCAAGCUGGUCUUAGGGCAGGAGAUUUCCUCAUAUCAGUUAAUGGAACUUCUGUCUCCAAAAUCACUCAUGAUGCAGUUGUGAGUCUCAUAGGAAAUUGUAUAGGACCCAUAAAGAUGACCAUAGCCGAAAAUUACUUUUCAGACAGCAGUGAUGAAGAGUUAGAAUGCAGUAGAAUGGUUACUACUAGGAAACCUAAAUAUACUCAUAAGCCUAGAGUUCGAAAGGAAGUAAAUAGAGUAGAACUUAAGAAUGUAUCUAAGCAAAUGGCAGCUAAUGUUCCUGAUAGAGUAGGGUAA